AUGGCGAAACCCCGUGAAAUUGCAAAAAAUCCACCUCCGGCUGAGUCUGAGGAAGAAUCGGAAGAAGAUGAAUCAGAAUCUGAACCGGAAGAUACCGACACCGGCAAAAACACGCCGGCUCCAUCAGCGGCUAAGAUGCCUGAAACCUCGAAGACAACUUCUGCUAGUGGUGGUUCUGCUUCGGAUGCCUCGGAUGAGGAUGAGGAGGAGGAGGAGGAGGAGGAGGAGUCCGGUUCCGGAUCGGGCUCGGAAUCCGACGAAGGCUCUCCUCCUAGAAAAAAUGAUUUUUCUAUAAAGCCUGUAGCUAAACCGGUGACCCAGCAAGAGAAACCGGCGGGUAAGAAAGCUUUGCCCAAGCCCAAUGCUCCUGGUCCUACAUCGCCAACCCGGAACGUCAGCACAAGUGUUGGAGCUAAGCGGGCGGCAGCUGAAGCAGCGACUCCGGCUGGGAAUGCUGAUUCGAAGAGGGCCAAGAAGAAAACAGCCGACGAUUCGGACAAGAAACUUGCUGGGACCCCUAGCGCUGAUGAAGAGAAGAAGCUGUUUGCGAGGGUGUUUAGCGAGGAGGAUGAAAUCGUGCUGCUGAAUGGAAUUUAUGAUUUCAUUGGUAAGACUAAGUCCGAUCCAUUUGCUAAUUUUAAUGAGUUCCAUGAUUUCAUUACUAAAAAAAUCGGUGACAAGUCAAAGGCUCAAGUUCUCGAUAAAAUGAAGAGGCUGAAGAAGAGGUAUGAAAACAAUGCCGAGAAGUUGCUGAAGAGUGGUAAGGAAAGGACUGUUUCCAACCAUGAGCGAAAUAUGUAUGACGUGUGCAAGAAGAUAUGGGGUAGGGAAGGUAUUGCUGGGAACGGGGAGACUUCUGAUAGCAUCCCUAAAGUACCUAAGAAAAGUGUUGAAGCUAAUGGGAGUGAGGUGAAGAAGAGUCGAAGUGAAUUGAAGAUGGGGAAGAGCUUGGCGAAUGUGAAUAGAGAGAGAAGUUUUAGUUUUGCUCCUGAUAUUGGUAGGCUCAAUGCUGAAUGGCAUUUGUAUGAAGGUACAGACUUAAUGGAGGAAAACGACAGAAUUGAAAUGGAGAAUAAGUGGAAGGCUUUUAGGUUAUUGGAGGCGGAUCUUCUCAUCAAGAAGUAUGGUUUGAUGCUUCAACAUAUGGAGAAGGUUCACAAGGGUUUAAAGUCACGCAGGAGUUGA